AAAAAAGAUAAAUCAAGAAAUUGCUAAAUUAACACAACAGGUGCUGAAUAAAGAAGAAGGGUUAAAAGAAGGGAAUGAAGAUGAACAUGUUCCUUAUACUAUACAAUGUGAGAUAUUUAGUUUUGGAAUGUUACUUUGGGAAUUAGCUUUUCAGAAAAUCCCAUACCUUCGUAUGGAAAUAUCUGAAAUUCAAAAACAUGUAUUAAAUGGUGAAAGAGAAAAGGUAAAAUUUGUACAUUCAAAGAAUUCGCAUGGCGUUGAAAAGGAAUAUGGCAACAUAAUUAAAGCUGCUUGGCAAUCGGAUCCAUCACUUCGCCCCGAAUUAAGUUAUUUAUUCAAUGAUCUUGAAAAUUUGAGUUCUACCUUCACUUCAGAAGAUUCAAAUGGAGGUUUAAAACCGAAAAAAAAUGAAAUUGAAAUAGCGUCAAUUGAUUUGCGACCAGGUACGCCAGAAGUAGGGAUAGAACAAAUUAUUUCUCCAAUGAUGAAACUUGAAGAUGGAAUAACGGCUCAUAAAAAUGGAGAUCGAGAGAAAGCUUAUGAUUGUUUUGUAAAACAUGCUGAAAUAAAUAACAAAGUUGCAAAAUAUUGGUUAGGUUAUUAUUAUUUGGAAGGUUACAUUGUUGAAAAAAGUUUACAGAAAGCAAUCGAGCUAUUUAAAGAAUCAGCGGAUAGAGGAGUUCCUGAUGCCCAAUUAAGAUAUGCGUUUGCUUUAUCAGAAAUUAGUCCACGUAAAUUUAAUGUAAAUGAAUU